UUACAAUAAAACAAAACGAAAAAAAAAUUCCACCAUCCAGAUUCAGAUCCAAUCAUUGAUCGUUUAUUGUAAUUGUUAAUUUUGUAAUCGUAAAAAAAAUAGUCGAAUAAAAUGAAAUUAUCAUUGUUGAUCGGUUUUAUUUUGGCCAUUCAUAUUGGCCAUUCAAUCGCAACAAAUUCCGAUGAACAAACAUUAACGAAAAUUGAUGCAAAAAUCGAAAAUUUGAAUAAACUUUUAAAACAGAAAAAUGCCGAUUCAAUCGAUGAUGAUAUUCAGAAGUUAAUUGAAAAAGCUAAUGAAAUUGUGGAGAGAAUACAAAAUGAUUGCCAAAAAGCAGUCGAUCAAGGUAGAAAAGAUAUCGAUGACAUUAUCAAAAAAAUAAGUAAUUUAGUUGGAGAUAUCAUGGUCACAAUAGGCCAACUGUUAAUUACACCCAAUGAAAACAAACAAAAAGAAUUGAAAAAUCAAUUAAAUAAUCAACUAAAUGAUUUAGAAAAUCUGGACACACAAUUAAAUUCAUCAUCAUCAAUAGUUCAAUCGACAAAACUUUUAUUGCUUAUUAUGGUGAUCAAUUUUCUUAUAUUCAAAUCAUUCAACUAGUAUAUUCAAUUUAUAUUUGAUGUUAAAUGAAUAAAUUUUAAAUCAUUUU